AUGGGAGAGGAAGCUCAUGCUGAUCAAGUACUUCCAAUUCUUGAUUUUUCAGAGGGUUUAGUUUUAAAACAAGGGACUGAGGAAUGGAAAGCUAUGAACAACAAAGUUAGAGAGGCAUGUGAGAAUUAUGGUUGCUUUCUUUUGUUAGUGAAGGAUGAGAUCCCCAUGAAUUUACGUGAAGAAAUGGUGGCGGCCAUGAAAGCUUUGUUUGAUCUGCCUGAAGAGACCAAGCAGAAGCACACAAGCCCCAAGCCUUACCAAAGCUAUGAAGGGAAGAGCCCUGUCAUUCCCUUGAAUGAAAGCUUUGGCAUCGACAAUGCCUGCGAGCUCGAUGCAGCUGAAGCCUUCACCAACCUCAUGUGGCCACAAGGCAAGCCUUCUUUUUGUGAGGCUAUGAAAUCCAUGACUUCAAAGAUGAUGGAAUUGAAUCUCAUCAUCCUUAGGAUGAUUUUGGAGAGCUUUGGCUUGGGAGACCACUAUGAAUCCCAUGCCCAAAACACCACCAGUGCUUUUCGUUUCAUGAAGUAUAAAGCUCCUCCUCCAAGCAACAUUAACAAUGCCCUUGGUCUUCUGCCUCACACUGACAAAAACACCCUAACCAUUCUGUGCCAAAACGAUGUGCAAGGCCUAGAGAUUCUGAACAAACAAGGCAAAUGGGUGGAGGUGAUGGUCCCGAAAGAAGCUGUUAUGGUGUUUGUUGGGGAUGCACUUAAAGCCUGGAGCAAUGGGAGGCUUCAUGCAGUGACACAUAGGGUUAUGAUGAGUGGGGACAAAGAGAGGUACUCGUAUGCCCUAUUUUCUUUGCCUAAAGAGGAGGUGGUAAUUGAAGUACCUCAGGAAUUUAUAGACAAAGAGCACCCUUUGCUAUACAAGCCAUUCAACUUUGCUGAAUACUUCACAUACUUCACGUCCAAUAUUGGUGAGGAUGCACUUGAAUUAUAUGCUGGAGUUUGA